AUGAAGAGAUAUGACAGUCUUGCUCCAGAGGGUGAUGGUAACACACCAGGACCACAGAGGUCUGUGGACGGUUGGAUCUUAUUUGUAAGCAAUGUACAUGAGGAAGCCCAGGAAGAAGAUAUACAGAACCAAUUCUCAGAAUUUGGAGAAAUCAAAAACAUUCAUUUGAAUCUUGAUCGGCGCACUGGCUUCCUUAAGGGUUAUGCCUUAGUUGAAUAUAAAACAUACAAACAGGCAGCUAGUGCACGCGAGGCUCUCCAUGGAACUGAUAUUCUCGGACAAGCGAUAUCAGUAGACUGGUGCUUUGUAAAGGGGCCCACUAAAACUCACAAGAAACGACGAUAG